GCUGCAAAAACCUAUAAAAUUCUAAUUUUUCGGUCGAAAUCUAAUCGCAAGAAGAACAUUUAGUUUAAAAAGCUGAUCAAAUCGGUUAUUAUCUAAGAAAUUCUAUCAGCUCAAUAGUUUUAAAAAAAAAAUGAAAAUUUUCCUUUUUUUAAUCACAUUAGUCCUGUUUAAUGUUUCGGCAUAUGACGAAAUGAAUUAUAAGAAGGAAGUUUUUCUUACAAAUGUAGCCAUCGAGCUUGCGUAUAAUAAGAAUGAUUUUACUGUAGGAGAUAAUUCUGGAUUAAAUGGAUUGGAGCAUGUAAUUGAAAAAAUGGUUAAUGAUACUUCAUCAUUUCAAAUUGAAGAUUAUUACGUGAAUUUCGCCAAAAUUAAUUUUAUGAUCGCUGUACCGGACCAAACGGAUAUUGCCAUCAAUAUAACGGAUUUUGAACACCUUCACAACAACUUCAAAUGCGUGCAUUACCAGUAUAUGAUGCAACUAGAAAUAAAAAAUACAUUAAACAUCGAUAUUCCAAAACUUGAUGAAAGCCAAAUUGGAGACUUGAAUUUAACAACCCUUGCAGAACAGAGAAGAUGUCUUGUCAAACCAGCUUUAAAAAAUAUAUUCAGACGUUUAUUAGGAUCCAUGUAUAGCCAGUUUAUGAUGCAACUAGAAAUAAGAGAUUUAUUAACUGGUGAAGCCCGAGAUUUGGGAGGCUUGAAUUUGACAACCCUUGCAGAACAGAGAAGAGUUACUGGAAGAUCUUUAGGAAAUAAAAUCAGACGUGUAUUAAAAACUGAUACUUCUGAAGUUGCAAAAUACCAAAAUUUACUUGACGUGUCUUUGUUGCGGAUGUGUCGUUUGAUAGGAUUAUACAUAAGUACACAGAUUCCAACAUCAUUCAUAAAAAAGCUCAUGAUUGACCCUAUUAAUGAUACUUGUACUCUAUACGAUGGAAUUACACAAAAAAAAUACAAAAAAAUUAAUGGCGUAGUGUGGCAAAUAAGUCCAACUACUUGAGGAGCAGUUAAUUUAAACACGGAAUCAAUAGCAAAACUCUUCUAAAAUUAUAAAGCGCUAUUAUUAUUUUCUUGUAAUAAUAUUUUCUUAUUACACUAUUAGCUGUCAAUUGAUUCUAAUAUUUUUACAAUAAAUAG